UCGGGUCUUGCUCGGCUCCCGGCGGGGUGGGGGUUCCGGCGGGGCCGCCUCCCUGUUCCCGGCCUCUUGCUUUCCAGGAGGUUCGGGGCCCUGGGCACAGAGCGGGGACCCACCUCGGGGCCGGGGCGGUGGUCCAGCAUCCGGAGACGUCUGAGCAGCGGGGCGGGGGCAGGGGUCGCCCCCACCGGAGGAGCGGCCAGGCCCGGCGCUGUCUGUCCAACUUCUUGCUCUCCGUCCUUGUCGGUCCCCGUCUCCUCUCGCAGCUGCCUCUAAACAGCCUGGGCCCGCUGGGAGGGUGGUCGCGCGGCCGCAGACACCAUGAGCGUGGGCUUCAUUGGGGUUGGCCAGCUGGCCUUGGCUCUGGCCAAGGGCUUCGCGACAGCAGGUGUCCUGGCUGCUCACAAGAUAAUGGCCAGCUCCCCAGACAUGGACCUGGCCAUGGUUUCUGCCCUCAGGACGUUGGGGGUGAGCCUGACACCCCACAACAGGGAGACGGUGCGGCACAGCGACGUGCUCUUCCUGGCCGUGAAACCGCACAUCGUCCCCUUCAUCCUGGACGAGGUUGGCCCCCACAUCGAGGGCAGGCACAUCGUGGUGUCCUGCGCCGCGGGCGUCACCAUCAGCUCCGAGGAGAAGAAGCUGCGGGAGUUCCGGCCGGCCCCCCGGGUCGUCCGCUGCAUGACCAACACGCCCGUGCUGGUGCGGGAGGGGGUGACCGUGUACGCCAUGGGCACCCACGCCCAGGUGGAGGACGGCCGGCUCCUGGAGCAGCUCCUGGGCAGCGUGGGCUUCUGCACGGAGGUGGAGGAGGACUUGAUUGACGCUGUCACCGGGCUCAGCGGCAGCGGCCCCGCCUACGCCUUCACAGCCCUGGAUGCUCUGGCUGAUGGCGGCGUGAAGAUGGGGCUCCCGAGGCGCCUGGCCGUCCGCCUUGGGGCCCAGGCCCUCCUGGGGGCGGCCAAGAUGCUGCUGGACUCAGGACAGCACCCAGGCCAGCUCAAGGACAAUGUGUGCUCCCCCGGCGGGGCCACCAUCCACGCCCUGCACGUGCUGGAGAGCGGGGGCUUCUGCUCCCUGCUCAUCAAUGCUGUGGAGGCCUCCUGCACCCACACUCGCGAGCUGCAGUUCAUGGCUGACCAGGAGACGGUCUCGCCAGCGGCCAUCAAGAAAACUGUUCUGGACAAGGUGACGCUGGACUCCCCUGCGGUGGCCUCGCUGUCCCCAUCUGGCCACACCAAGCCUCUGCCCCACAGUCUGGCACUGGCAGACAAGGACUGACUCUCUGGGCUGCCCCUGUCCUGCCAUCCACUCCCUCUUCUGGCUUCAGGCUCCUGCCCUGGAGGGGGUCUCUAGCCCCAAGCUUCCGUGGCCCAAGGCCAGGGUCAGCCCAGUUCAGCGCCAGGAAGGGGGCGUGUCACUUCCCCUGGGGCUCCCUGUGGCCCAUGAGAGCCCCCAACAGGGAUGGAUCCUCCAGCCUCCACCUCCCCACCUUCCGUUUCCACCCCAAACCCAGCAGCUUCCUCUGCAGCUCGGCCCAGAGGGCCUUCACCCCCUGCACCCCAGCAUCGGGCCUGGGCUUGGCCCUUCAAGUACACAGGCCCAAGGUUCCCUCUGGGAAGACUGGAGGAUGAAGUCCAGUCCCCCUCCUGCUCUUCCUGCCCUCCACUCCCAAGGGGACCUGCCCCGUGCAGAAGGAACAGGGGUCCCAGGCAUCCUGGGCCCACAGAGGGGCCCUGGCCAGAUGCCACGCUCUGGUGGUCCCAUUAGACAGGGAGAAGGGGCUCCUCGGUGGCCUUGCUGCGGCCCCUGCACACCUGGGUGCUGCGCACCCCGGAUGCACCACCUUCUUCCCAGCCUUGCGGUUAAAUAAAUGGGU